ACUCUCCCUGCGGCGGGCAGGGCUGCCAACAUGUCUCCCUGAAGGAGAUGUUCUUGGCGGCUGGCAGGCGUGCGCGUGUGGCUCCCUCUCCCCCGGCACCUCGCGGGUGGGAGUGCGGGAGCUUCCCGGCCGCUGAUCGCUCUCGCGAGGUGAGGCGAGCGGCUCUGGCUGGGGCUGCGUAGAGCCCUCCCCGGGGCUGGGCUGCGCUGCGCUGCGCUGCGCUGCGAGCCGUGCGGGACCGGCCGGGGGCGAGGCAUUUCCACCUCCGCCCACGCCUUCCGCUGGCACCUCGGGGCCAGUAGGUGCCCGCUUGGCGGGGAGGGAAGGGGGGAGCCGGGAACAGAGGGCGGCAGGAGGAGGGGACUGCAGGGGAGCGAAGAAGGAAGGAGCCGCGGGGCUGAGCGCUGUAUCCGCCCGGCGUUCCUGGCUGACCCGCCCCUGGAAAGACCCCGGCACCGGAGCCAGGAGGAGCCAUGUAGCAAUAACCCAUUGAGCUCGUCCAGCGCAGCCACUUGUUUCCCCCGCAAACCAGCCGCUCUCGCCCCCAUUUUGCUGGCGCGGGGAAGAGGGAGCGAAGUAGUUUCGCCAGCCAGCCGCAGCGCCGCCGCCCCUCGCCCGCGCCACGAUGAGCGACGAGAGCUCCGAGGUGCCCCGGGAGCUGCUAGAAAGUAUCAAGGAUGUUAUUGGGAGGAAGAUUAAAAUUUCAGUGAAGAAAAAAGUAAAGCUAGAAACCAAGGGAGAUAAAGUGGAUAACAAAAUAUUGGUGCUUACAUCAUGUCGGGCCUUCUUGUUGACAUCCCGCAUUCCCACCAAGCUAGAACUAACUUUCAGCUACUUAGAAAUCCAAGGAGUAACCUCCAGUAAACCAGGUCAGCUGAUUGUUGAAACAGAGAAAUGCAGCAUUUCCAUGAAGAUGGCUUCAUCAGAAGAUGUGAAUGAAGUGAUGGCACACAUUGGAACGUGCCUCAGGAAAAUAUUCCCUGGUCUGUCUCCAGUGAGAAUCAUGAAAAAAGUAACUAUGGAGCCCUCAGAAAGACUGGCUAAUCUCCAGGCACUGUGGGAUAGCCAGACUGUAACAGAACUGGGACCUUGUGGGGGAUUUUCACAAAUGUAUGCAUGUGUUUGUGACUGGCUUGGAUUUCCAUAUAGGGAAGAGGUACAGUGGGAUGUGGAUACAAUCUAUCUGACCCAAGAUACCAGGGAGUUGAAUUUGCAAGACUUCAGCCAUCUUGACCACAGAGACUUAAUACCUAUAGUUGCUGCCCUGGAAUACAAUCAGUGGUUUACAAAGCUGUCCUCUAAGGAUCUGAAAUUAUCCACUGAUGUCUGUGAGCAGAUCCUGAGAGUGGUGAGUAGAUCCAAUCGAUUGGAAGAAUUGGUAUUAGAGAAUGCCGGGCUUAGAACAGAUUUUGCACAGAAACUGGCCAAUGCCCUAGCCCAUAAUCCCAACUCAGGACUUCAUACAAUUAACCUUGCUAGCAACCCUCUUGAGGACAGAGGUGUGUCCUCUCUAAGUAUCCAGUUUGCCAAACUCCCGAAGGGACUGAAACAUUUAAAUUUAUCUAGAACCUCAUUGUCACCUAAAGGGGUGAAUAGCCUUUCCCAGUCACUGAGUGCCAACCAGCUGAUUGCUAACACUCUCACCUACCUUGACCUCUCAGGGAAUGCUCUGCGGGGUGAUGAUCUCGCCAGCCUGUAUAAUUUUUUGGCCCAGCCAAAUGCCAUUGUUCAUCUGGAUUUAUCCAACACGGAGUGCGCACUAGACAUGGUGUGUGGAGCUCUCCUCCGCGGAUGCCUUCAGCACCUAGCUGUCCUCAGCCUGUCCAGAACAGUUUUUUCUCACAGGAAAGGAAAAGAAGUUCCCCCGUCUUUCAAACAGUUUUUUAGCAGUUCACUUGCUUUGAUGCAAAUCAGUUUUUCGGGGACUAAACUCUCUCCUGAGCCUCUAAAAGCACUCUUAUUAGGCCUGGCUUGUAAUCCGAACCUGAAAGAGGUGUCUUUAGAUCUCAGUAGCUGUGAGCUUGGUCACUGUUUGAGAUCUGGAGGUGCACAAGUUCUGGAAGGGUGCAUAGCAGAAAUACACAAUAUCACCAGCCUAGACAUUUCAGACAAUGGCCUAGAAUCUGAUCUCUCAACACUUGUAAUCUGGCUUAGUAAAAAUCGAUCAAUAAGACACUUGGCGUUGGGCAAAAAUUUUAACAACAUGAAAUCCAAAAAUCUUACUCCUGUACUGGAUAAUUUAGUACAGAUGAUUCAAGAUGAGGAUUCACCUUUGCAGUCACUAUCCCUGGCAGAUUCCAAGCUGAAGACUGAGCUUACCAUAAUUAUCAAUGCAUUGGGCAGCAAUACUUCUCUUACAAAAGUGGAUAUUAGUGGAAAUGGAAUGGGAGACAUGGGGGCAAAGAUGCUAGCAAAAGCCCUACAGAUAAACACCAAGCUCAGAACCGUAAUAUGCGAUAAGAAUAAUAUCACCGCACAGGGCUUCCAGGACAUAGCAGUGGCAUUGGAAAAGAAUUAUACUUUAAGGUUCAUGCCAAUACCUAUGAAUGAUGCUUCUCAAGCACUUAAAACAAACCCUGAAAAAACAGAAGAGGCGCUGCAAAAGAUAGAAAACUACUUGCUUCGUAAUCAUGAGACCAGAAAAUACCUACAGGAGCAGGCAUACAGGUUGCAGCAGGGCAUCGUCACCAGCACCACACAACAGAUGAUUGACAGAAUAUGUGUUAAAGUGCAAGAUCAUCUCAACUCCUUAAGAAAUUGUGGUGUGGAUGCGGUACAGGAAGACCUGAAAUCUGCAGAAAGGCUUAUGCGGGAUGCUAAGAACUCCAAAACACUAUUACCAAAUCUGUACCAUCUCGGUGGAGCUUCUUGGGCAGGAGUGAAUGGCUCAUUAUCCAAUCCAAUACAGGAGACACUGGAAUCCAUGGCUGGGGAAGUCACGAGAGUUGUGGAUGAACAACUUAAGGCGCUGCUUGAGUCUAUGGUGGACGCAGCUGAGAAUCUUUGCCCAAAUGUGAUAAAGAAGACCCACAUUCGGCAAGACCUGAUUGAGGCCAGCACAGAGAAGAUUUCCAUUCCACGUACCUUUGUUAAAAAUGUGCUCUUGGAGCAGUCUGGAAUUGAUAUCCUCAAUAAAAUUAGUGAAGUGAAGCUGACUGUGGCCUCUUUCCUAUCUGACCGAAUUGUGGAUGAAAUCCUGGAUGCACUUUCACAUUGUCAUCAUAAACUGGCUGACCAUUUGAGCAGACGUGGUAAGACACUUCCAAAUCAGGAGUCACUGGAGAUUGAAUUAGCUGAAGAGAAACCAACUAAGCGCUCCACCAUCACAGUAGAGGAUUUGACUGAGAUAGAACGUUUGGAGGAUCUAGACACUUGUAUGACUCUCUGCUGUACAAGUAUGACUCCUAAGUCUAAAAGGAAAAGCAUCCACAGUAGAAUGCUCCGGCCUGUAUCUAGGGCUUUUGAAAUGGAAUUUGACCUGGAUAAAGCACUGGAAGAAGUACCUAUCCAUAUAGAAGACCCGCCAUUCCUUUCCAGCAGACCGGAUAAACGAACUUCUGGAUUCAUCUCAGAGCUGCCAUCCGAGGAAGGGAGAAAACUGGAGCACUUUACAAAAUUAAGGCCUAAAAGGAAUAAAAAACAACAGCCCAGCCAAGCAUCAGUGUGUGGGUCAACACCUCAGGAAGGAGAACAGAAUGGCCUCAUGGGUAGAGUGGAUGAAGGUGUUGAUGAAUUUUUCACCAAGAAAGUGACAAAAAUGGAUUCAAAGCGAUCGUCAAUGAAACGUUCAGACACCAAUGAGUCCAGUGAAGUGGGUGAUGAAAGGAAAAAAAGAGAUUCUCGGAAAAGUGGGUUUCUCAACUUAAUCAAAUCUCGAUCCAAAUCUGAACGUCCUCAGACUGUAUUGGUGGCAGAAGAGCCCUCGUCACCCAAGGGUGCUGUCAAAAGUCCCGCUGUGGACACUACUAAGAAGGAGCUAAAAUCAGCUGAACAGAACGGCAGCACAGAGCGAGCCGAGGAACUAAAAACACCAGACUCUCUAGAGGAGAUUCAACCAGAGGAUGCUGCAAAAGCGGAGAGGGGUGACAACAAAGGCAGCCCACAGGGAGGGCGUAGGUAUGGGGUGCAAGUGAUGGGCAGUGGACUCCUAGCAGAAAUGAAAGCCAAGCAGGAAAGGAGAGCAGCUUCUUCACAGAAGAGACUCGGGAACGAAGUGGCUCCCAGGGAUUCUCACGAUACCACAGUGAGCUCUGAACGGCUGGAUGGCAGUGGUACAGUGCCUAAACUCCACCAGACCCUCCCAGAGAAUCGUUUUGCCUUGAGUAAAGGUGACUCUGUCAUGGCGUCCUUGGAAAAAAAUCCAAAAACUGAACCAAAGGCUGAAGCUGGUGCAAGGGCUAGAUGUUCUUCCAAUACGCCCACGAGUCCAAAACCCCCAGUGCAGUCAAAGCCCAGCCCGACGGGACGUCCCACAGUUCCACAGAAGCCACGCUCUGCCUCUCGCAACGAGGACAUCCCAGAGUCUCCUGGUUCCCCUAAAGUUGCUCUGCUUCCACCUGUGCUAAAGAAAGUUCCUUCUGAGAAAGAAAAAGAUGGUCAAAGCAGCCCCCAGCCCGCUAUCAGAUCAUUUUCUCAAGACGAGCAAACAGGAGACUAUAACAAAAGAGAUACAGAUCAUGACUCUGACAAGCCAGCCAGUGGAGGGAAAAGAGCUUCAAGGCAGUACUCUACCAGUGCAGAAGAGGAGGUGAAUGCACUUGGGCACAGGAAGUCACAGCCAACAACUGCUCCAAAAAGAAGCCCUGGACACCAGACCCAUGAAUACCAAGAACUAAAACAGAGGUCCUUAAGUAAAGAUGGCCAGCAGGGAAGCAAGUCCAGUGACUCUGGAGAAGAAGCAGAUAAAGAAUUUAUUUUUGUUUAGUUAUCAGUACAAAUGCUUGGUAGUGCAAGAUCCUUCAUAACAAUCUGGGUACAACAAUCAAUGACCCUUCUACUUACCAGCCAUUGUUUAACCCUGGAUGCAUUUUCGUGUAUACACCUAAAUGAUCAUGAUUUACAGUACACUCAGUAUGCAUUGAUUUGGUCUUUAACUUCUGUUAUGUAUGAUUUCAGACCUCCCCUUCCAUGCCUUUGCUAAAGCCAGCAAUUAUAUCAUGUACUCUACUUGAAUUUCUCUGAAGCAGCUAUAAAGAACACCCUGCAUUAGGGCCUUUAGAAACAAAGCAAAUAACUGGACACUGUCUUACACUAAUACACUGUACAGCAGGUAAUGUGUUGUACUGCUGAAUGGAAAUGUGUCAAAUCUGCACGUGACUUACCUAUAAAUAUAUUCUUGCGGUAUGAAAUUGCACAUUGUAAUUUAUAUUAACAGAGCACACUAAUCAAAUAAUUUGUAUAAAUAAUAUAUAUUAGAUGCUUGAGUAUGGUUUUUAAAUUCUCCCCUAGGGACCUUCUUUCUUCCUGUUGUGUUGUACAUAAAACUCAAAUGCUUACAUUUGUGUACUGUCAGAAAGCACAACACAGAAGAAUCUGAAUGAAAUCUUAUGCUUCCGCAUUCAUACAUUAAUGUAUAUAGUUGAUUGGAAUGAGAGCAAUUGACAUUUUAUUAAUAUUGGUGUUUUCUAGAGGCCUUCUUAAGUUCUGUCUGCAUAUUAGCUUACUUUUAAUGUGUAAUUCUAAGAGAAAGAUAAUUUGAUGCCUGUAAAAACAAUUCUGCUUGUUUUUGCAUAUUUCACAGACAUUCACUUGCAUUACAGGUUGAAGCGAUUUUAUUCAUAUGUAUAUUUGUACCAAUAAAAAUGAUUUUACAACUGAAA